AUGGUUGUCUCAUCAGUAAGCCAGCAUCAGACGAUGACAGACGAAGCAAUAGAGGCUGAAUGGUACAAUGCUCUUUGUGAGGCGUACGGCGUAGACCCAGCUGCCUCAUCAGUGGACCAGGUUCAGGCAAUACCCAACAGGCCAGAAUGGGAGACAGGAUGGUACGAAGCUAUCUGUGAGACGUACGAUGCAGCCGAACUCGUUCAAGAUGAAUGGAUGAGGUGGUCAGGCGGAGUGGACAGAGUGUUGAAGGAGAUGGCAGAUCGUAUGACUCAGGUCGCCGUUCCAGACUCCGUCAUGCUAGGCUUGAUCAACAUGAUUAAGCACCUUCCUUGCAAGCCAGGCGUGCCACGGAAUAGUAUCAUCGAUGAUGCUGACAGGAGAUGUUUCGUAACGCAUGCACAGAAACAAAUCCACCAAUAUUGGCAUGAGUGGGCGGAUAAAGCUCAAAGCCUAUGUGAACAGGUCGCCAAGGUGAUGAAGAGCUAUGACGCGCAUUCGGAAGACGCUUCGUGCGAGGACAUUGUUGAAGGGAUGAAUUUCGGAAGACUGUCGCUCUCAAGGAAGGUGUUGCAGAAGCACGACUUGCGACAGGAUUUUCGAGAAUUGCUGAAGUCGGCAUUAGACAAAGGGCCAGAAACGAGCAUGAGCGCGCAAAGAGAACUUAGGAUACUUCUUGAUAUUCUUUUCGAGGGACAGGAAGAGGCCGAGAAGAUGACGGAUGCAGAGGCGGAAGAUAUUAUCACUCAGCUGGAGAGUAUGGAUCUUAGUGUAGAGGACGCUGAGUAA